AUGGCAUUUGCAAUUGAGGAUGCAGAACUGGAAGCUAUUAAAGUGAAGUUGUUCGAUUGCGCCAUGCAAAAUGAUUGGGAAGAAGUUGUAAGAAUAUGCGAGCAACACCCCAGUGCUCACAAGGCUAUCAUCCCUGCAUCGGGGGAGACAAUAUUGUAUAUGGCAGUCUCAGAUACGGAAGAAAAAAUAGUUGAAAAACUGGUUGGACAGAUUAGUCCGUCCGAGCUUGAUGCUUUGAAGAUUGGAAAUGAGGAGGGAGACACUCCUCUCCAUUUGGCUGCAUCAAUAGGAAAUGUUCAAAUGUGCAAGUGUAUCACUGAUAAGGAUAGGAAAUUGGUGGGUUUUCCCAACAGCAAAGCGGAAACACCGCUCUUCUUGGCAGCCCUCCGCGGUCAGAAAGAAACUUUUCUUUUCCUACAUGGAAUGUGUGAGAGCUCUGAACGCCGCAAUUACUGUCGGAGGGAUGAUGGCAGAAAUAUACUUCACUGCGUUAUCGAUGGAGAAUACUUCGAUAUGGCAUUCCAAAUAAUUCAACAGUAUGGAGAUCUAGUUGACUCGGUUGACGAGAAUGGACUUACCCCUCUCCAUCUCCUGGCGAGUAAGCCCACUGCAUUCAGAAGUGGUACUCCCCUCAGCUGGUUCGAAAGAAUUAUCUAUCAUUGUGUGUAUGUUGAAAACCUCAAGGAAGAUGAGUUUCCACAACAAAGCCCACAGACUUCUACGAGAAAAAAGAUACCCGAGGGUCCUGAGAACUAUCAAACAUGCAUGUACUUCGGGGACAUGAUUAAAACAUCAGAAAAUCUGCCACACCAUCAAGCCCUUAACUACCAAAAUCAGUCCUACAAUGGUGAUGAAAAAACUCAUGGAAUGACAAUAGACAAGGACAACAAACUUCAACCCAAUCAGUUUGAGUAG